ACAGCAACUAAAUACAGUUUGGUUAGAAUCAGGUUAAUCAUAGGGUGUUUAAUUAAUACUUAACUUUAUUUUUAUAAAUUUUAUGUGUUAUAUAUACAAAUAGACUUUGAUCAAAGAAAAAAUAGACAAAUCGACUUUCAUUAUAACUGGAAAGUAAUCUUUUAAUUUGAAAUGUAACCUUUUUAUUUUACAAGUAUUAAAUUUGUUAUUUAUUAAGUUCUUAAUGAAUGCAUACAUACUUUUUAAAAUUGCAAUGGAUUAAAAUAAGUAUGUUCAUCGAAAGGCAAAAAAAAAUCAAAAAUAUUUUCUGUCAAACUAAUAAAUAUUCUCAAACAAUUAACAAAAACUUAGUCAAACCUGCAAAGAGUCACUAAUUAGUAGUUUUAUGAUGUAUGGGAAAAAACAAAAACAAACUUACAAACGUUUAGUCAAGAUUUCUAUAGAAUUUAUUAUUUUGAUUUAUGGUAGAAGGUUGAAUAACCAUAUUGCAUUACUAUGGUAAUAAAAUUAAACAAAAGAUAAUAAUUAUGGUAGAGAAUUCAAAACAGAUAUACUAUAUAUAUCUGAGUAACUGAGUCAAGAUUUCAUAUGUAUCUUUUCAAUUAACUAUAUAUAAUUGGGACUCAAGUGUGAGUUCAAUAAAGCAUUUUAUAUAAGCUUUUAAGGUACACAUGCCAAUUUUAUAAUAAUCCUAAUCUCUAAUUAUAUUAAGACAUACUCAGAUUUUUAUACUGUAUCACCAUCAUAAAAUAUAUCUAUCUUUGUCACAAUAUGCUUUAUUUUCAAAUUAUAUCGAUCAACUUACGUUAAAUAAUACAUAUUCCCAUUUUCAUAUUUUCUAAGUUCUUCAAAUAGUAAAAAUUGUAAUCAUAAAAAGCCAGUAAUUAUAUGUUUUUAGAAGAGUGAUUUUCCAUUUCCAUCGUGUUAAAAAUUUUCAGAUUACAUUUAUUGUUUUGUUUGCUUAUACUGGCUCUCGCUAUUGUUUAAAGUAAUGAUAUAAUUUUUUUACUCUCUUGAAGUAUCAAUUUCUGAAUAUAUCAGAAGUUUACAUAAGCAUUAACUAAUUAUUUUUUUUAAGAAGAUUGAGUUCAAUUUAGUUAAUGAAAUUUUGAGUCUCUUUGAUUUUCCAGUUUACAUAAAAAAAAACUAUUCUGGAAUUCAGAUUCUUGCAACUGGGUGAUGUUACUUAAUGUAUUAUUUUGGAAUUUACAGGAAAUGAUGUCAAAAGAGAUGGUUAAAAUAAAUCCAGAUAUGCUAAUGCUAAGUGAUGAUCAGACUCCUAAGAUUGGAGCUAGCUUGAGCCAAUCUAAACGAAGGAAGAUUUCAAUUGUUGGCAUUAAACCCAACAUACCUGACCUGAAUGUGAAACCUUGUUAUGAUUCUGAUGAGGAAGAAAAAGGAGAAAUUACAAAAACAUUUCAGAAUCUUGCAGGUUUAAAAUCUCAUGAUGGAUGUUAUGUUCAUCAUAAGCUUUUGUACGAGCUUGAGGUCGAGAUCUUUGCUCGUCUUCCAUGCUUUGAAUACUGGAAACUGCAGUUUCUUAACAAGAAAUUUUUGCAGUUGUUAAAAAGUGGUGAAAUUUUCAGGGUGAGACAAGAAAAAGGCCUUGUGAAACCCUACGUGAUUUUGCAUUCAGGGGCUGAUUCAAAUUGGGAAAUGUUUGAUAAGGAUUUUAAAACCUUUCAGAAACUUCCUAAAGUUCCUUCUUCUGACUAUUGCUUUUUCCACAGCGAUAAGGAAACAAUUAGUGUGGGUACUCAGUUAAUUGUCAUUGGAAGAGAAAUAGAGGGAAUUGUGGUGUUUCGCUACGAGCUAGAGAAUCAUAAGUGGUUCAAAGGUCCUUCAAUGAUCACACCGAGGGUCAUGUACGGUUCUGCUAGCCAUGGAAAAACCGCAUUUUUUGCAGGAGGCAUUCAAAAGGAUGACAAUGAGAACCCUAUAGUUGUUCGAACCGUAGAAAAGUAUAAUGCUGAUACAAAAAGUUGGACUAUGAUUAAUGGAAUGCAUAAAGCAAGGAAGUUCAGCUCAGGAUGUUUCUUGCGUGGAAAGUUUUAUGUCCUCGGUGGCCGAGAUGAGAAUGAUAAACACCUCACUUGUGGAGAAAGUUAUGAUGAGACCACAAAUUCUUGGGAGUUGAUACCUGACAUGUUAAAGGACAUGACAUUCAUUAUUCCUUCCCAAUCUCCGCCUCUUAUAGCUGUGGUUGAUGACAAUCUAUACAUGUUGGAGACAUCUUUGAACGAGCUUCGCGUAUAUGAUAUAAACACAAAUAUUUGGAAGAAACUUGGUGUUGUCCCUGUGAGCGCAAACACUACCUUUGGUUGGGGGACUGCGUUUAAAUCUAUGGGAGAUAGACUUCUGGUUGUUGGAACUUCUCACUCUUGGCAUAGGAAAGCAAUAGUCUACUCAUGCCGUCCUUCUCCAGACGUGGAAGAGCAGCACUGGGAAGAAUUAAAAUAUUGGUGCACUGGUGCUGAGCUCCCACCGUUUAUUCAUAACUGUUGUGUUAUGUUUGCUUAAAGUUGUUUCCGAGGCAAACUUGUUUUGUAUUUGUGCUUACAAUAAUUGGGUGGCCAUUUGGAACCCCGAAACAAUUAAAAUUGUGGUUUUCUGUUGUUUUUGUUUUCUGAGUUUUUGUUUUUGCAUUUGGGAUUAAAAUGUUGUUGUUUUCGUUUAUAAGUGCUUAUGUUUGUGCAAAAAAAAAAAAGAUUAAUGAUGUUUAUGUAAUGCUUAUUGAAUUUUAUAGUUUUGUUUCCCCCUCCCCUCUUUAGCCAUUAAUGUUACCUAAUCAUGUUCAGCUAAAAUCUUUAUCAUGUUUCGGUUUGUUUUUCCAAAAAAUUAGGUUUACAGAAGUUAUAUACCACAUUAAAAUCAUAUAUAAUUUUUACUUGCUUGGUUUGGACAACUAGAAUUUUCAGGUUAUUAGGUUUUUAACCAUAAACAAUGGUUGUAUUUUUUAAAAUAAAAUUGCCUAUUUUAUUUUACAUGGUUAGAUAAUCGAUUUACUAAAAACAUAGAAUGUACUAAUUUAACUUUGGUAAUUUUGAUAAAACAUUUUUAUUAUAUUUUAUGUGAACCCAAAUUGUAUUAUUUACCCAGAGGAGUUGAAAAUACAGGAGUUAUAAAUAAUUAGAAAUAAGAAAGCAACAGUUAUAAAAAUGUGCUUGUUUAUCAUCUAUAAAUAAUAAUAAGAAAGACGUUGUUAUUUUUAUAUUAUUAUUAAUCAGUUUGAUACUAGCGGCUUGAUCCCCGUAACUAGUUACUAGAUAAUCCCAAUUCGAAAAUCCAUGAUCAAUGAUUUGACUUCACUAUAUGUUGUUUCUUUGAAGCCAACUUAAAGAACUAUCUGAAGCUAUAGGGGCAUCAGAUUUCUCAUCGUAAAAGUGAACAUUGUGAGCUACUUAAAAUGAUACCAGAGAAACAGUAAAUAUCUAUUGCAUUAUGACAAACAUAAUUUUUUUUAUAAUCUAACAGCAACUAAAUACAGUUUGGUUAGAAUCAGGUUAAUCAUAGGUUGUUUAAUUAAUACUUAACUUUCUUUUUAUACAUUUUAUGUGUUAUAUAUACAAAUAGACUUUGAUCAAAGAAAAAGUAGACAAAUCGACUUUCAUUAUAACAGGAAAGUAAUCUUUUAAUUUGAAAUGUAACCUUUUUAUUUUACAAGUACUAAAUUUGUUAUUUAUUAAGUUCUUAAUGAAUGCAUACAUACUUUUUAAAAUUGCAAUGGAUUAAAAUAAGUAUGUUCAUCGAAAGGUAAAAAAAAUCAAAUUUCUUUUCUGUCAAACUAAUAAAUAUUCUCAAACAAUUAACAAAAACUUAGUCAAACCUGCAAAGAGGAGUCGCUUGUGACAUAGGGUCACUUCAAGUUUUUAAUUGGCCAAGUGGGUCACUGGAAGUUUUAAUUGUCGAAACGGGCCGCUAGGGGGGAGAGAAAUAAACCGGUGACGAAUUUGGCCUUAUGACCCGUAAUGUUCUGGGCCGUGACCCAUGAAACUCUUGAAAGUGUCCCAGACGAAACGACCCUAAGACUUAGCGACCCAAGCGGCCCAGAAGUUUCCGCACAUGUGAGUUCGAGAAUUUUUUUUUUUUUUUUGGGUGACCGGUAGUAAAGGUUAAAGGUAAUAUUAACCAUUCAUUUUCCCGCCGUUCACUGUUUUCUGAUAUUUGUGGUAAUAUUAAUUAAACUAAUAUGUUAUAAAACGCUAACUGGGUAAUGGUGAGAAGCAGCUAAGAACUGGUGUACAACUAAAAGAAGCAACCCUACGAUAAGAAGAUAUUCCCAUCCUCUGAGGCCGUCGAUGCUUAUCCACCGUAACUGAAAAGGAUGGAAACAAUUAGCGGUGGUCGGAACGUCGGGUCAAGUAGUGGUGGCACACGUAGUAAGGAAAUCAGGACCAACACCGACGAAGGUACAGAGUUUGAGCUCUAAGUUUCUGUAUUUGUUUUUACAAUUGUGUGCUUCCUCUAUUUGGCAAAUGACACUAACGGGUGCUCAUGCUUGGACCGUAGGUCUGUGUAAUUCUUGCAUUGUGGUUAUGGCUGGGAGGUGGAUAAUGUUUGACAAUGGAGCUUGGGAUUUCAAGAUAGACAAUGAUAGAAUGGGUAGAGCCGUCGAUUCGUCCAGAAUUAGAGGUGCUGAGGAGUUAAAAACGUGUAUUGUAGCUGCGUAUGGGCUUUUGGGAAAGGAAGUGUUAGCCGAGAUGUCGUAUUGGCUGAAUGAUGGAGAGAGUGAAAUGGUGGGCCUACUGGCUUCUCCUGUCGAGAUAGCAACGGACAAAGAUUUCAGGAUUUUCAAGGCGCUUCACCGGGCAGACAAAUCCGUCAAUCUCUUCGUAACAUUAAGAGAAAGUGUUGGAGGAGAAAUGAUAUUUCUAAGGUCGGAACGAGUAAUACGGGUCUAAAUGAAUGCACCCGUUCGACCUCCUGAUGAAGAUGUUGCUUUUUUGAUGGAAGUUCAGCAAAUCGAAGAACGCUAUAAACACAACUCUCAGUC